AUGGGAAAGUCUUCAAAAGACAAGCGUGACGCUUAUUACAGGCUCGCAAAAGAGCAAGGCUGGCGCGCUCGGAGUGCCUUCAAGCUGCUCCAGCUCGAUGAGGAAUUCAAUCUCUUUGAGGGCGUAACCCGAGUGGUAGAUCUCUGCGCAGCACCAGGUAGUUGGUCGCAGGUCUUGUCCCGAGUGCUCAUCAAGGGUGAGAAGUUCGGCCGUGCAGCAUGGCAGGACAAGGAGGCCCACCUGCGGCAGCAGAUGCUGCGCGUCUUUGCCCCUGAUGCUGCAGAAAACAUCGACGUCAAGGGCAGUGGUGAUGAGCUCAAGCCACGCAAGGACGUCAAGAUUGUCUCCAUAGACCUGCAGCCGAUAAGUCCGCUACCAGGCAUCGUCACCCUCCGUGCCGACAUCACACACCCAGCGACCGUCCCUCUGCUCCUAAAAUCGCUGGACCCAGACUAUGACCCCAGCAAGAGGACCCAACAGGCUUCCCACCCUGUUGACCUGGUACUGAGCGAUGGUGCGCCCGAUGUGACGGGACUGCAUGACCUGGACAUCUACGUCCAGUCGCAGCUGCUCUUCGCAGCUCUCAACCUUGCGCUCUGCGUGCUGAAGCCAGGCGGCAAGUUCGUGGCCAAAAUAUUCCGCGGCAAGAACGUCGAUGUACUGUAUGCGCAGCUGAAACUUUUCUUUGAACGCGUUGUGGUGGCCAAGCCGCGCUCUUCGAGGGCCAGCAGUAUUGAGGCCUUCAUCGUCUGUCUCAACUUCCAGCCCCCGCCAGGCUUUAUAGCAAGCCUGGACGAGCCGCUUGGUGUCGGCCACAAACUACCACAGAUGAUCAAGGAGCGGACCGAUAGUCUUCCCAUCAUCGCAAAGACAACGAUGCAGAACCCGGACACAGGGGCUUGGGACGUGACACCAGAGGCCAGUUCCCAUGCCCGGCCGGAUGGUGUGGUUGAGGUUGAUAUCGACGAUGAGACAGGCGGCGAUGCACAUGAUGUGCGAUGGAUUGCGCCUUUUAUUGCAUGUGGUGAUCUUUCUGCCUUUGACUCGGAUGCGUCGUAUCAGCUGCCAGAGAACCACAUCGCGUUGGAUCCGGUCCAGCCCCCUACCGCACCGCCCUACAAACGAGCUAUCGAGAUGAGGAGGGCGGCUGGAGGGGCCUACGGCAAGACAUUGAAGACCUGA